CCGGGAUGCGAUUGGCUGUUCUUUGAUAGGGAUAGGAUGGGCAGAGAGUGGUGCUGUGCAGGCGCGGGUGCGUGGGCGGCAGGCGGCUCAUCCUCCUGAGCCGGGAGCAACCCAGGCAGGUCCAGGCGUGUGGCUGGCAGUCAAGCCCUACUCUGAUGCCGAUCAGGACCUAAAAGAGCCAAGCUGUGGGAACUCUCAGGAAAGGCGUUCUGGUUUCGCACCUGCGCAGAAGGACAAUGGAUCGGCACCGGAUUCCUCGCACUAAAGAACUGGAGUUUGGUGGUGUGCUAGGGACUGCUGUCCUCAUCUUCCUCAUGCCGGCCACUGUCUUCUGCCUCCUGCUGACCUGCAGGACGGAACAGGCCAGCCUGUUCAACCUCCCCCUGCCCCUCCCCUCGCUCCGCUCCUUGUGGAACCCCCAGGACUUUGCCGUCGUCUUGGCGUGGAUCGGACUGCAGGCUGUGUUGUCUGUGCUGCCUAUGGGGAAGCUCACGGAAGGGAUCGCCCUUCGGGACAAGAGCCGUCUCCAGUACCGCAUUAACGGCUCCCACGCCAUGGGGCUCUCUGCCCUGCUGGUGGGAGCCGGCUUGGCUGCAGGCCUGCGCCUGAGUUACAUCUACGACCAUUUCCUGCAACUCGCCUUCUCCGCGUCCCUCGUCGCCUUUGGCCUGAGCGUCCUCCUCUACCUGAAGGCCUUGCUCGCCCCAGAGACGGCGCUGGCUCCCGGCGGCAAUUCGGGAAACCCCAUUUACGACUUCUUCAUGGGCCACGAGUUGAACCCACGGCUCGGUGGCUUUGACCUCAAGUUCUUUUGUGAACUUCGCCCUGGGCUCCUUGGAUGGGCCCUGAUCAACAUGGCCAUGUUGGUGAAGGAGACGGAGUUGAGGGGAAGUCCGUCCUUGGCCAUGAUCCUGGUGAACGCCUUCCAGCUCCUUUAUGUGGUGGAUGCCUUCUGGCAUGAGGAGGCCGUCCUCACCACAAUGGACAUCACCCAUGAUGGCUUUGGGUUCAUGCUGGCUUUCGGAGACCUGGCGUGGGUGCCUUUCCUCUACAGCCUCCAGGCCUACUUCUUGGUAACCCACCCACAGCAGCUCAGCCUGCCCAUGGCCGGGGGUAUCAUUCUGCUAAACGGAAUGGGCUACUCCAUCUUCCGCAGCGCUAACUCCCAGAAGAACACGUUUCGCCGCAAUCCCGCCAACCCCAACGUUGCUGGACUCAGGACCAUUCCUACGGCUACCGGGCGGCGGCUGCUGGUCUCGGGCUGGUGGGGGUUCGUACGCCACCCCAACUACUUGGGGGACCUGAUCAUGGCUUUUGCAUGGUCCCUACCUUGCGGCCUGACCCACAUCCUGCCUUACUUCUACAUCCUCUACUUCACCGCGCUGCUGGUGCACCGGGAGGCCAGAGACGAGCGUCAGUGUCUGAGGAAGUACGGCCUGGCGUGGCAAGAAUAUUGCCGACGGGUCCCUUAUCGCAUCUUCCCCUACCUCUACUGAGCGCCCCUGCUUCGCCGGUCAGCUCCCACCACUGGCACAAAAGCCGACGUCUCGUUUCUGCUUGGUUUGGGCCUUGGGACACUCCUGCCAAGAGGCAGAGAGGGGUGGAUUCUGUGCAGAGCAGCUGGGCGCAGCUCGGUUCCCAA